GUUUGUUUACCGGCACCAGCAGACAAGAGGAAGAAAAGAAAGAAGAGGAGGACUAGAAGUUUCAACUCUGAGCUCUUUUAACAAAGGUAUGUUAACCUUUUAUUUCGUUUUGACCUUUUCUUCCUAUAAAUGUAUCAAUAAAUACGACCAACAACGCCAUGUUACAGAAAGCCUGCUGCGUUUAGCAGUGAACUGUUAAUGUGACCUGUCUGUUAGUUAGCUGUCUUUGGCAACCUGUGGCUAUCUGACCUGCUAACUGUCGUUACCUUGCCAACUAACCGUUCAACAACAGGUGCUUUCUGAGCAGGUAAACAAAGGUCCACAAAACAGUGCAGGUACAGACGAGUCAGUGUGAAGUCAACAACAACAUCAGUGUACAGUAAUAACAAAAUAUAACAUAUUACCAUAGGUUACAAAAACUAUGGUGAUUAAUAGGAUAAUGAUUGGAAUUAGUGAAUAUUUAAAUUAUACCUAACAAUGUAUAAACUUGACUGUAAAUUGAAAAUAAACUCUAUAAAGUUAAUAUUACAGUCUGUUAACUGACUUAAUAUUUAUAAUAAACUAAAAAGUAUGUAUCAUAAUAUUUGAAAUAACUGAAAAAUUAACAUACUCUUUGCAAAAUUGAUGUUUUCUUGUUUUUGUUUUGAUGGACUGGAUAUUUAUAGAAACUUGUAUGUAGUUAAAACGAUAACAUUUAAAAUGGCAGAUUUUUACCAAUAGUCAAACUAAUGUUAAAAUUAUAAUGUUGAAAAGAGUUAACCCUUAUGUGGAUAUCUGUAAAAUAAUGUGAAUGUUUCAAAUAAAUGAAUGAUUAAUGUAUAUCCAUAAAGUAAAAAGUGUUUUACUCUUUAAUUGGGCUUUAAUUAAAGUAAACAGUAAAUGUAAUCAUGUGUCAUGUUUUAAAAAUCAGUAUGGUUAUCUCUAUGAAAUAAGAUGUGAUUAUGUUUGCUGUAAAAUUAAUGUGGUCAAUCUAAUGUAGUUAUUUUAAUAAGGCUAAUUUGAUGAUGGUUGUAGUGACAAUUUCCUACAAAAACAAUGUGAUAAUGUUGAAAAAGAAAACUGUAUAUCAUAUUUUCAGAGUAAAUAUGAUCAUGUUUAAACUGGCUGAAUAUUUUUAAUAUCCUCAGUGGAAUAAAACUGUUUUUAAUGUGAGUGUCUUGAACAAAAAUAGAUCCAACAGAAGCUGAGCACUAUUUUCCAGAAAUAACAGUGGUUUAUAUUUAACUUUGAUAAAAUAUUGGCUUUAAUGAAAGGGGCUCUGAGUCAUUAGACAGGCCUUACAUUAUGAUAACCUAGUGGUUUUGAAUCAUCUUUAGAUUUUUAAUUAAACACCUGGAUAAAGAUUUUACAUACAACAGUCCCAGCCCCCCUUUUACUGCCUUAAUAGUUCCAGCAACUCAACGCUCACACUAUCAGAGCCUCUUGUAUAAGUGCACAGGGACUCAUAACAAACAAAGAGACAGAUGCUGUAUAGAGUGAGGUGAGGUGUAAUAGUUGUUUUUGUGUUCAGGUGUGUCAUGUAGGGAUUAUCUUGUCUCCUCAGGUAAAUGUCUCACAUCCCAGGUCAGGACCCGGCCUUCAUGGAGGCCAUCAACAGACACAUGAGGGUCCCUGAUCGUCUGAGUGUAGGGGCAGGGCAGCACUGGAGGACAGAUGAGGAGGAAGAGGAGGUCAGCAAGAGGGAGGAAGGGUUUCCUCCUGCUGCCACCAUGCAGGUGCCUGAUAGGCUGACAUAUACAGGUAAGGCUGUGGGACUUACACAGCUGUUCAGACGGAGGGUGACCAGUUUUCUUAGCAUGUAAGACAUUAUCCGUUACAGAUUAUUCAUCUACAUGAUCAGUCAUGAUUUAUCACUUGUCCUCUUUCUAGUUUUCUGAACAUAAAAACAUGUAGGAACAAUAAUCAUGAACAUUGUUUAACCUUUAAGAGAAAAAACAGGAGAUAUCACUGCUGAGAGUAUUUAUACAGAAAUAUAAAGAACAACAGAAGAAGAGGCAGUCAGCUUCAGAUAUUGUAGGUUUUUUUCGAAAAAGUAGGUUUUGAGCUGGAAUGUCAUUAAGCUUUUAAGGUUUUAACCCACAGAAGCCCCCGAUAUGAGCCCCUCUUCUCUGUUCACUCCAUCAAAACUGACCAUUUGUGGACCGCUUAGUCUGGACCCCUGCUGGGAGAGUUCACAGGGAGAGGUCUUCGUCAGAGAAGCUCUGCAGGUAGGAACACAGGUGUUCAUCCUGUAAGCUUUAAAUAACAGGAUUUAUACUCUAUUGAAUUAAAAUAAAGAGAUUUUUACUUCACCAAAGGAAUUAAAAUAUGUCCCCCUCUUUGAAAAUUAAAACAGGUAACUUUGAAUAGGUUUGAAAAUAAAUUUGUUUCAUCCAUUAUCUGUGUUCACCUUGUCCUUGUGCGAUGUCUGUCUGAAGUCUUCACCCUAGCAUGUACAUACAUAUACAUAUGUGUUCUUCUAUCAGGGGUCUUUUAUAUCUGUCUCUGAGUUUUGGAACAUAGAAUAAUACAGUCUCUCCAUUCAGGUCUUACCUAACCAACAUCACAUCUUUUACAAAGAUCAGAGCUUAAGGGUCUGUUUUUAUCCAGGAGUAGAACAGGUCAGAGUUUUUCUCUUUGAAAGCCAGCCUCAUUUCAUUUGAGAUCUCCCAUGUUUGACUUCACAAAGGAGAUCAUCAGCUUAAAUAGACAGCUUUUAGAGGCAACCUCAUAAAACCUUCCUGCCUAGGAGACAGUUGUUAUUCCCUCAGGUGAAGCUGACACUGACAGAGGAAGCAUGUGACCAGUAGUUAACGGCAGCCUGUUCAGGUAGACAGGAGAAGUUCUCAGUGCUGAAUUAUUAACAGCUAUCACCUAGCUGCUUAUAGGGUGAGCAUGGAAACCCUCCAUGCACACAGAAGUGCUGACACACUUGUAAACCUCUCUCUCAUUAAUCCAACUCUGAAGGAAGUUAGCAUGACUGACAUAACAAAGAAUUUAAUGUCAAACUAAUCCUACAUCAUUAAACCAAUCAAUUCAUUGUACUUGGAUCCAAUCUCAAGUCCCUUCUUUCAGUUGCUGUGCAGCGCCAUUUCUUUGCUGUUUUGCUAGUAUUCUGAAAAUAACAUCGUCACUCUAUUAAAAUAAUGACCCAAGUCAUUUUUUGCCAAAAACUCAUUUUUGUCAAAAAAUAACUUGGGCCAUUAUUUUAAUAGAGUGAUGAUAUGUGGGUUUCAUAAGCAUGAGCAUAUAUGGUUAAUAAGAGGCCUUUCUAAGUGGAACCUGGCCCUAAUGUGCACAAACAUGCUGCUUGAGAACAUGUAGGAUUGGUACAGCACUAGCUUGAUGGUAUGGAUGUGUGUCUCAUUUAUACAGGCUAUGGUUCUUGUUGCACUGGUCAGAUUAGUUCUCGAUCACUGCAUGAUUUGGUGGAUGUCAGCACCCCUCUCUCUCUCAAGUCAUCCAAUUGAUAGAGGCAAAAAGCUCCUUAAGAAUCUUUUAACAAAGUAUUGUGUUAUCGUAUUUAUGCACACAUGCUACAUUUUAUCUAGCAUGUAAAAAUGUUCUCCUCACUGUUGAUUACUGAGGGGGUCCUAAUAUGUUUGUCAUUGGUACAAAAAUCAGGCGUUUAUGUUUAUGACAGUUUUAAAUUGAUUUACCCUCUGUCUUCUGCAGUUAUAGAGUGCACAUGGUGUUUCUUUCAGUUGUGUUACAUCUGUACAUGAAACUUUCUUCCUUUGUAACAGAGUCCCAUCAGAAGAUCUUACAGUGAUCAAAGUUUCGGCAGGACACCACCCGGGACUCCAACAAAUCUCAAACAGACUCUGACUCUGCCCAGACACUCGUCUGCCCUGUGAGUAUUGACACAGCACACACCUGGUUUAUUCAAGUUUAAUAUCGAAUGAUAAAUUUGUACCAGUAUUACACCUCAGUUCAGGAAUCACAUCUACCCAUUUGCCCAUUCUCACCUAUCUGGGCUCACUUCUCAGUGGCUCCUCUUGGGGGAUUCAGAGGUAUUUCUAGGCCAGUUGACAUAUGUAAUCUCUCCAGAAAGAUCUCAGUUCACCCAAGCCUCUCCUUACAGUUGGACUUGCAAGAGUUACUCAACUGUAUUAGAUCCACAGAGACCUUUUCUGCCUUUAAGAAAAAGCUAAAGACCCAGCUCUCUUGGGAACACUUGAGCACAGCUCAGUUAUGAUACUACACUUGAUUGACACAGUUCCUUCCUACUUCUAGGACCCUUUUUGAUCCAGGUCUAUGUGUACACCUCAACUCUUGGUUUUUGUUUAAAGAAUUAAAAAUGUUGAUGACAGUGGCAGUGCUGCUGCUGCUGAUGAUAAUACUGUGGUUUCAUGUUGAUGAUGAGGUGUUGUUUAGUUGCUGUGGUGAGGAUAAAGAAAUUAUAUUAAAAAACACAGUGCAGCACUACGCCUGAAUGGACUUGAAGCUGUUUUCUUGGCUCUUACUCGUGAUGUUUCCCUCUGUAUCGAUCUUUGCUUGUGUUAAACUUGUGAAUCGAUGAGAGUCUAACUGUCAUGCAUCUGGAAAGUAAUGCUUUACCUCUUGCAUGGACUUUAAUAUGGUCUCUGUCAGAUGGAUUAUGUUUCAUACACCAAGCUCUAGUCUGCGUAGACAGGGAUCACCUCUAGAUCAUUUGUCUUCCAAGCUUCCUCGGCACCUCACCCUCAUACCUGUCCCUGCAAGUGAUGGGCCCACAAGACAGUGUCUCCCCGUCUGGCCCAGUCACCACAUGUUGGUGAUCAAGCUCUUUUGAGUCUAGCUGCAGGGUAGGAAGGUGGUGUCCCUCCUAUAGGUGAGGUGACUCUUGAGCAAUUUUGCAGUUUGAUGUGCAAGUGUUUCUUGAAUCCCCCCUGUUGUAGUCUGGAUUCCCCUCAGAUCAGUUUGCCUUGAGAGAUCUUACCCGGGCCUAUCGCCACUGACAACACCUUGAUCACAUUGAGUUGUGGUGGUCAGGGGGCUCAGACCCAGUUAUUGUAAUAUAAUAUCACAGAACCAGUCUUUACCAGACUACUACAGCAUCCUUUUCUACCAGCAUAAUCAGAGUACCCCCUUUUGUCCGACUCCAGUCUGAAACUAUGUCUUCCCACUCCACUUUGAUCCCAUAUCUGUCCCCUCUUGUAACCUUACUCCUACCCUCUGUCCUCUCCACCUCCCUACAGCCGUGGUUCAGGCCGUCCUCUCCUCCAGAGAUUUCCUCCUUCUGCCCGCAGGAGUGACUCUCCAGUUCAGCCUCUCUCCUCUGCCCACACCACCGACUCUCAGGCCUUGCCCCCCUCUUCUAGCCCUCCCCGCCUCUCGUCUCCUCAGUCCUUCCUGCAGUCAGCCAAGGCGCUUGGUCUGCAGGCCUCUCAGCGCCUCCUGCAGGCAGUCAGCCAGAAAUACAGGUCUGAGUCAUGCAUUGCAAAAUGUACAGAUAAACCUGUCCAAUGAUGAAACUAUUCAUCUUCUAGUUUUAUUGGAUUAAUUUACAACAUAAAGGUCUGCAGAUGAUACUCACAAACAUUUUUGUUAGUGUUUGUAUAGCAAUGUAGUCUUCUAGAUACAAUAACUACACACAUAUUCAAACACUUGAUUAUUUUGAAACUUUUUCCCUGAGAGACAAAGUAAAAUAACUGUGUUUUACAUUUUGACCCUUUUGUCAUUUAAGAACUUCUGUUCUCCGUGUUGCUUAAAGGAUUUUGUUAUUUAACUUGUGCAUGUGUGACCUUUCCAUGACUCAUUUAUUAGUCCGCUGUUUUCCUCUUAAUGCAAUUAUAAAGUCUGAUAAGCAUUAAAUCCUGCUGCUUGUUCGGUACUAACAUCCAAUUAAUGCUGUUUGGCUAAUGUUUCCUGGCUGCUCACAUCACAGAAACAGAUCUAAGUCCAGCUUUCAGUUUAUACUCCAUCUUUUUUAUGAUAUUUGUAGAGGUGUCCCAAUACAACAUUUUUACCUCCCAUACGAUACCGAUAUUUUAGCCUUAGUAUCGGCCGAUACCGAUAUUGAUCCGAUAUUAGCACAGACUUGUGCAUGACAAGUUUUGCACUCAGCUGGAACGUCUUUUUUAGACUUUAAGGAAAGAUACUGCCACAUGGCCAAUAUCACUCCUACUCCUUUCUACUUUGUUAGUAUCUUAGUACACACUGUUGUUUUGUUGUCGUGGGCUCUACAUGCUGGAUCCGGGUACUGCUAGCUAGAGGUGCCGGAGCAGAGUCUGGAUUGUACUGCUUGUAUCAGAGACCUGAUAUCGGAGCAGGCCGAUAUUUGUUUUUUUUGCUGAUAACGGACCGAUAUCUGAUAUUAGUGUUGUAUUCGGACACCCCUAGAUAUUAGUAUCAUUUUUGAUCAGGAUAGUUGAUCAAACCUUGGCAGAAGUCUCUUGUAUUGCUGGUCCUGCUCUAACAGCUGAUAGCAGAGUGAAUGGCUGCUCUGCUGUUUCUCUCUGCAUGCUUUGGUCAGCAGAUAUGACAGUGAAUUCCAUGUUCCUGACUCCUAUUAUAACUAACAUGUUUCUUCAGCACUGCUGCUUCGCUCAUUCGUAGCUGCGCCUCAGUCUGUUAGCUUCGCUUAGCUUAGCAAACCUUGUCUCAGCUGCCUGUUAGCACUUGUACCUGUUGUUGUGAGGCAGACAUUCAGUUUCUCUUUGUCUUAUUGGUGCAAAGAUUUAGAAACCAAGAGAGUCCCCCAACGGCCAGGUUCAUAGGGGAGGGUCCUGCUGCAGCACAGGUGGAGCUCACCAAGAGAAGGUGACUGAACACAAACUGUCUGUGUGUGUGUCACAUCUGCACAAAGUGUUUGUGUUUAAUGAAGAUUCUGUGUCUUAUUUCAUCUUGAGGAAGGAGAAGCAAAUGAAAUCAGUGUUUCCUCUCAGGUCAGGUCAGAGAGUACAGGUGGGGAUUACUGACUGUCUGCAUGUCUGAACCUCAGGCUUUGUUGGAGAUUAUUAUGAUUUUAGCCAGGUGGCUGUGUGAGCAGGUCAUCCUGUCUCCACCAGCUCAUUGAUUAAGAAGAAGAACUUUAUCGAUCUCCAAAGGGAAAUUCAAUUUAUGAUAGAAUAAGUUCAGGUUUUACAUAAACCUGUUUGAUGGCUGUUGACAUGGCUGUAGUUUGUUUGUAGUCAGUCUGUUCAGUAGGGAUUUGGUGAUGGAGUUAUGUUGUUGAUGCUCCACCACUUCCUCCAAACCAAACACACAUUUAACUUGUUGAUAAAGUAUCAAAGACAAAGACAUACUGUACAUAAACAUUGUAUUGGCUGUGUCAUAUAAACUGUACAGUACAGGGAUUUAAUCUCUGUUAUGUUACCCUGUGGAUUCUGAAGGGCUGACUUGAAGUCUAUUGAUGGUGACUGAAAUUUUGUAAAUGCUGACCCAACUACAGAUGCACCUUAAUAUCAGCUUGAUAUUGGUAUAGGCAGAUCAUAGCUUGAAAAUUUAAUUAUCAGUGUUGGAAAAUAUCAAAAUGUCUGCUGAUAAAGUUAUCUGACUAAAAGUGAUGCAUUUAUUGAGAGCACACAAUAAUAGCUUACACGUUCUGGCUGUACAGGGAUAUUCUGCGUCUAAAUAAGAUCAACAGGUAGAUUUUAUUACAGGAGAAACUUUUGAGAAUUUUUUUUUUUUACCAUGAAAAACAAAAAAGUAUGUAUUCAGUAUAUUGGUAUUGGCAAAAUGAGUGACAAAUUGGCAUCUCAGAUAUUGGCAAAAAUUGAAUUCUGUGCAUCCCCAAUUUCAACCUAAACUUAUGUCAGCCCAACAAGAGGCAAAGAGGUGGAGUUGAGGCGGGCCUCCAUUCAUCACCUCACUUCAUCUCCGGACUCUUAAUUCCGAAUGUGCAGACAGAGAAAUGAGCUAACAUGACCAAAAUCAUUCUUGGCGCCAUCUCUAAGUAUUUUUAUUUUUAAUGUAAAGAUGGUCUUUUUUAAUGGGUCUGUAUGUGGCACUUCUGCACUGAGCUUCAAGUGGACACUGGAGGACCUGCAGUUUUUAGCACUUCUACAUUGGCUUCAUAUUUUAAGACUGCAAGUUGCCUCUUAGUUAUCAUGCUGCUGCGAUGAAUCACUGCAUCUACUGAAUUGGUUAUCAAUAGAGGACUCUUGAUUCAAUUUGACAGACAGCUGAGGCAUGCCUAGUGUGUUUUUUUCCUACCUCAAAAAGUUGUGGUAGGAACCCUAUAGAGACAAAACCUUUAGUGCUGAUAAGCAGGAAGCCCAUGUAAUGGUAAGAGGUCACAACUAUAACGGUACAGUCAUUUACAACAAUCAGGAGGCUGGUUUCUGCAUACUUGUGAAUGUGUCUUUCUUCAGGUUUUUACCUGUCAGACCUGCCUAUCCCAGACACCCCCCCAUAUCAAAUUGUGAAUCUCUGUGAUUUGUAGAGCUCAGUCUGUCACAGUGCUGCUCUCUGUAACCUGUCUGUAGCUCUGAGAUUCUGACUUCUAGUUUCUGUUCAGGAUGAUGGAGAGCUGGAGCCCUGAGGAGGAUGGAGGAGCUGCAGUGGAGUUCAUAAUCCUCCGGAGACAGGUGAGACAUCUGUCUGUCUGUCUGUCUAUCUAUCCUCAUCUCAUCGCUUUGUUCUCUUUGUCCAGGCUAACCAUCCUUCCCUGUUUUCUCUAAGGUGAUAAAGAUGAGUCGUCGUCUGGCGGCUCUGGAGCGUCACAGCGCUGAGAGGAAGAAUGCUGAGCUGGUUUUGUUUUCUCUGCUGUUGUCGGCCUGUAUGAUAAAUGUUUGGCUGUGGAUACGUAGAUAACACACACACACAACACACACAUAUAUACACUCACAUACACACAUGCACUCUGCAGAGAGAUAUAUGUAGAAGUAUGAAAUAGACCAGGAUGCCAGAAUCUGUUCUUCUUUGACUGCAUGUUGAAGGUAAAGUAUGCCUGUCAGUCACAUGGUGGUACACUGUUACACCUGAUACACCUGCAUACUGGUGUAAUUCUGUCUAAAGGUAGCUCAGUCAGUUGCUAUGGUAACAGGUUGAAAGUCAAGGAGUGUUUAUAAAGAUGAAUCAUAGAGUUAUUGUAUUCUCACUGAGUGAACAGCUGGUCCAAGACUGUGGCACAUCCACUCAGAUGAGGAUUUUUUUGAAAUCAACAUUUGUGGGAGUCUCAGAGUUUUAGGCCGUGAAGAAUAAGGAUUUGGAAAAGUCCUUUUCUACUUUUAGAUAUUUAAAAACACUGUUUUGUAUGUAUUUUUGGGACGACUGAAACUAAGAAUUUGGGAAUGCUAGUGUGUUUUACUGCAGUACAGCGCAAAAUAAAUAUCAGGGUCACCACUGCAUACACAAGCACGCACACACUGUUUUUCUUUGGUGUUUGUUGAGACACACUGAUGGCACAUUAUCUCAAUGCACUGGCCUGACAUGCUCAUGUAAGUAGUUUUAACCACCUCUGUGUUAUCAUAUCUUACAAACCACAUCUGGUGUAGACGGGGUUUUGGGAGAGAACAAUGUCUGUUUUCAGAAAUAUCUGCGAAUGUGUAGAUGUAGCCUGAGUCUACAGUGAGUAUAUUCUAGGGGUAUCCCAAUACGAUACUGAUAUCGGUCCGAUAUCAGCAAAAAUUCGAAUAUCAGAUUACAUCGGCCUGCAUCUAAAAUCUCCGGUAUCAGCACUCCAAUACAGGCAGUCCAUUCCACACUUCGCUCUGGCACCUCUAUCUAGCAGCACAUCCAGCAUGUAGAGCCCAUGUAAUCACAACUAGAGUGUACGAAAGUAGCAAGGAGGAGGAGUGAUGUCGGCACUGUGGCAGUAUUUUUCAUCAAAGUCAAAAAAGAUGUUGCAGCUGAGUGCAAAGCUUGUCAUGCAAAAGUUUGUGCUAAUAUCGGAUCAAUAUCGGUAUCGGACAAUAUUAAAGGCAGCUGCAGCUUCAAUUCAAUAGAGACUGUUGGGUCUGUUUUGAAAUCCUCUGUAUGCUUUAUAUUAACUUUCAAUUAUUUUUACAGGAAAAUGUUAAAACAGAAUCUAGAAAUCAUGUCACAGCAUUACCAGCAGCUUUAGACCGGGAAAUUUUACCUCAGAAAUACAAAUGUAAUGACUGUCUCCUCUGCCAUUGCUUUUGGUGAAGUUAUCAGGAAUCGUGCCCAUGCUUGAUUCUGAUUGGUUGGUGAGCAUGGUGGUGUUUUUAAAGUUGAAGUAUUUUUAGCUGACAGUGCUGAGAGCACAAUGACUGAAAACACUGAACUGACUUAAGACAGAGAACAGGCUGUGGCAGUGCUCAAAACAGCAUCAGUAACACAGCCCCUCACAUGUCUUUAAAAGCUGUGCCAUUCAUCUGUAUGUAGAGUUUAUGUAUGUUGUAGCUGUCUGUUUGUGUAUGUGUAGGUUGAAUAUAUAAAUAUGUUAUUAAUGUCAGUUUAUUUAAUAAAGCAGAGUUUGUAUGUAAA